AAAACAGACCUCUCCACAACAGCAGGCUGCACAGACGCACUGAUAAUAUGUGGGAUCUAACAUGCUUUCAUUUUGUGCAAAGUUUACCUUACUUGUCCUCUGUUUUGGUUAUGUUUUUGCUAUUUAUGAAAACUACAACUUCAAAGAUUUUCCACAAGAGGAGCUGAGGCCACUGACUGCUGCCUAUGGACUUGCUUUGGAGAAUUAUGUUGCUAAAAACUGGACUGAAUCUAUCACACACCUGGAGUCAAGUCUUCGUCUGUACCGCUUGUUCAGAGACAGUGUGCGGUAUUGCUCUUUGCAUUGUAACAGGAGCAGAACAGAAGAGCCUCCAAUCACAUUUACCAAAGAUCUAAAAGUUUAUUGGAGUUUAAUGACAAAGGCUUCAUGUCAGAGGAAAUGUAGAGAGAGCUUUCCUGUGCUCCAGCUUCCUCCUCCGGGGAAAACUAUUCUGGAAGAUUUCAACAAGAGGAGACCGUAUAAAUAUCUACACUUUGCACACUCCAUGGUUGAGGACUUGCAGAGUGCCAUUCCUUGUGCUUUUACCUACCUCCAAAGAAACCCUGAGGACCAAGAGCUGCAGAAGUUAAUGGAUGAAUAUAAGUCACAAUACAACCUGACUGGAUUUCUUAUAGACUACGAAGAAAGGCCAUAUGAGUCGUAUUUUCUCAGUGGAGUAAAACUGGUGAAUUCUGAAGACUUUAACCGUAGCAUUGACCAGUUGGAGGAGGCGUUGAAGUUGUAUCUACAUGAAUCUGAGCUGUGCCAAUACGAAUGUGAAGGGGUCCCUCACAUACCCCCAAACCAGGACCUGUAUGCCACCAUCACAGAUGUCUAUGUUGAGAUAUUGAAGUGCAAGCUCAAAUGUGAGGACAAGCUAAAGCCAAAUGUUGGUGGCUUUUUUGUAGAGAACUUAUUGUCCACCAUUUACCAUUACCUCCAGUAUGCCUAUUAUAAAUUGAACAAAGGCCGUAAUGCAGUACAAUGUGCUCACAGCUACUUCCUGUUUGAGCCUGAGGACCAAGUCAUGAGGCAAAACCUGGUUUACUAUGAGGCCUAUAGUGAACAGUGGAGUUUGCAGCCUGAAGAUUUCACACCACGACAGGAAGCUCUCAGACACUACAAUCAGACAGUUGCACAAAAGCACAUUCUUACAUUUGCCGAAAAGUACAUGAAAAUGGAUGAUGAGGAUUUCUUUGGUGCAGAGGAAGCUGCUGCUCUUGCCGAUGAAUCUCCGGACGUAGAGUUUGAAGGAAUGGGAGAUUAUGAGGAAUCAUUUUUGGCCAAGUGGAGACAGGCGAAGGGCAAAGGGGACACUGGGGGGUCGCACCUAUGAACUACAAUGGGACUAAACUAAUGGGACAUGGGAAAACAAUAUGACUUCCUCCCACACAUCUUGAAUAAUUGAUAAAAACACACGAAAGCAGUCAUAUAUGUUUUAAUAUGUAUUUCUAUUUACAAUAUUUACAGUCAAUACUCAUACUCCAGUGUGUCCAACAACAGAGGAUACACAAUAACAUGUCUCCCGUUGUUUCUCAUUCAAAAUCACACUUUUUGUCUAAUUUAUUUAUAUUUUAUACACUUGUUUUUUUACGUCACCUGCAGUAUGUUCAGAUGUACUGUAAAACUGUUAGUUAUAUUAGUUUUCAUUGGUCCAUUUU